AUGAACCACUUCAACAGCUCUGAAAACAAAGUCAUACUCCAACAAAACCAAAUUUCUGCUCAUCUACUGGUCAUUUAAAGUGGCAAAUAAUUGUCUGCAAUUGCUCUUCGAUGACGCAUGAACUGUCUGAAGAAAGCUUUUGCUCUAGAAACCAUGUCCUUUCAAAUGCCGUUCAGAUCUUUAGAUCAUGAAGAGUUUGAAAAGAUCAAGCAAAAAGCAAGUACUAUGUGGAGAGAGGAGCAUGAGAAUCGACUGAGAAACAUUACUACUUAUUCAGCCGAAUACAGAAAAAAGCAACUGGACGAACCUACUCAGAACCUGAUCCGACUACACUCCCCUACCAGACUACACAAGCCCCAUCCACCAGAGAUAUUUUUAGUGACUCGGCUUCAUAAAAUUCCGAGACACCACAAUAACUCUAAAAGUACAAUCACUCUGUCAUCCCAAGAUAAAUGGGAAGAAGUUCUCAGACAGUCACCAGGAUGGUGCAAAUCUAAUCUACUCCCGCAGGCACUGUUAAAAACCAGCAGAUCCAGAGGGACACUCCUCAAUAACUCAAAUGCCGUCAGGGUUGCAGAAGGCUGGCCGAAGCUUGCCAAUGAGAAAGAUCACCAGACUGUGAAGAAGAAGAUAGACUGCAUCACCAGUGCAUCAGCAGAUAUGACAAGGAAAGAUGCUCCAAGACAACGCUACAUCAGUCAAGUACUACCUAGAUCUAUCAAGCCUGAAUGCAUUCCCUCAUUAAAUCACUGGUUGCAGAAGGCUACAAAACAAGAAACCAAGGAAGUGGAACAGCUGCUGAGAACUCUUUCUAGUAGCAAUCCUCAAAAAGUGCAAGUGCAAGAUCCUCGUUUUCAGCUUGCAAACCGCGCGUGUGUCUGUGAGAUGACUUCCAAACCAUAUGUCUAUGAUUAUCAAAUACACCCAGAAUGGGUGACCCAACCCUGGCACACUGGGUACAGACAAAACCAAACAUGAACCUUACAACUGGGUAUAAACCUAGAUGUCAUAAAGAAUUAUAGUCAAAACUUAUGAAAGGAAAAGUUAUUAGCAAUUGUUUAUAAUUUUUGUCCUGUAAUUGAAUGUAAUAAAAUUCUCAUAAAGCA